UCCACUGUUUUCAACUCUUAUCGUUAUCCCUUUCUUCUUUAUCCAUCCUAUAUUUUCUCUCCCAUAUCUUCCUCCUCAUCACAAUCCAUUGAACACUCUCUCCAUGAACCCUUUUUAAAUCCCUGUAGUCUGAUAGGAAAAAAAAAAAAUCCGAAAUUUUCGUUUACAAGCAUGUUUUCAUCAACCCCAUUUGUGCUCUGCUUCGCUCUGUUUCUAUCCUUACCCCUUCUCUUCGUCUUCGGCCCUCAAAUCCUCCCGCCGACACGCUUCUCCGAUGACCUCGCCGACCUUGCGCUCUUCCGCAAGGCGACCCGCCCUUCCUCCGUGCGCACGCGCUCCACGCACUCCCACUUGGGCACCGCCACCAAUCCCAAGCCCAAGAUUGCCUUCCUCUUCCUCACAAACUCCGACCUCUCUUUCGCUCCCUUGUGGGAGAAAUUCUUCCAUGGCAACUGUCACCUCUACAACAUCUACGUUCACGCCGACCCAUCGGUGAAAAUCACCCCUCCCGGCGGUGUAUUCCAAGGCCGGUUCAUCACGCACGCGAAAAAGACGGAGCGAGCGUCACCCACUCUCAUCUCCGCCGCGCGUCGACUACUGGCCACGGCGCUUCUCGACGACCCAUUGAAUUCGUACUUCGCUCUCUUAUCCCAGCAUUGCGUCCCUCUGCAUUCCUUCCACUUCGUCCACAAAUUCCUUUUCCGCAACACUUUAACAACCUUGAGAGAAACUUUAACACUCUCGUCGCCGUCUUUCCCAAAGUAUCAAAGCUUCAUCGAAAUACUCUCCGACGAGCCCACCUUGGUCGACCGCUACAACGCUCGAGGCGAGGACGCCAUGCUUCCCGAAGUCCCGUUCGAGCAAUUCAGGGUUGGAUCUCAAUUUUUCACGCUUACCCGCAAACACGCGCUGAUGGUCUUAAGAGACAGCAAGUUAUGGAUGAAGUUCAGGCUGCCGUGCUUGAACAUCGACUCGUGUUACCCGGAGGAGCACUACUUUCCGACGCUUUUGUCCAUGGAAGACCCCGGUGGGUGUACCCAUUACACGCUUACGAGGGUGAACUGGACGGGCAGUUUUGAUGGGCACCCCCACCUGUACACGCCGGAGGAAGUGUCCGCUGACCUUGUGUACAAGUUGAGGGAAUCGAAUUCGAGCUAUUCGUACUUGUUCGCAAGGAAGUUCACGCCCGAUUGCUUGUUGCCGUUGAUGGAGAUCGCCGAUGACGUCGUUUUCCGGGAUUGAAGUGAACUUGGGACAUUGAAUGGGAAUCUCUUGGACUUUGGGAGUGGGGAGAUGAAUUAUGCUUGGCGUGUGUGGGACAAGACCCAGACCCCAAGUCCCAACAUCAACUCAGGAUGCUUUUAAUCGUCGCUGUUUGUCUGUAUAGAAGGUGGGAUCCUGCUCAAGUGUGAUACCCUACUUUUUUUUUUUUUUUUUUAAUACUUCUUUUUCAAAUGUAUGUAUAUGUAUGGAUGGACGGUGGGCUUAGCGUGGAGUAGGAAAAAGCAGUACCAAGGCACAUUGCUUUUUUCCUAUUUUAUUGGUAGAAAAGCUCUCCCAUUUGCCCUUUUUCCGCAACCUUCUCCACUUUCUUUAUGGGGUGUUGUGAUAUCUUUCAUA